AGUACAUGACUGCACAAAAACGAAGCACCCGACGCAUAAAAAGUCGAAGUAUUGCUGCCAAUAUUCGACCAAACAAUGCCUUAUCCUGAUCAAUAAUGGUAUUCUCCCAAAAGGUUCAAUUUAUCAAAACAAGAACUUCGUGUGAUCUUCCAAAUUUCUAAAUUUUGUUUCGAAAAAAGAAUAAUUAUACAUUGGAAUGUCUUCGUUGUCACAGUGGACGUAUUUUGUAUAAUACAUAGAGAUUCUUGGAUGCCUUGGAACUUACAAAAAAUGCUUGUAACCUUUUGUUGGCCGAUAUUUAUCAUGUUUUAAUGGUGAAUCGGAUAUGCCAUGGUAGACUUUGUAAUUCUUUAUAUCUCUGUUUGUGUUUUACAAUGUUCUUGGUGGGAUUGUGGUCACUGGCAGGCUCCUAAUCGUAUUUAUGAUAGACAUACAUUGCAAUGAAUACUGUAUCUACACAGAAUAGUGUUUGUAUGACUUCUAACAAUGGUAAGUAUAAAUUUCAAAAUAAUGAAACUCCCAACAAUUUCAUUUUCAAUUUCAAAAUUGAAAAUGAAUUGUACCUUGUCAUCAAUCCAGAGACCACAUAUUUUAUGAUUGGGGGGGCUUUUACAAAUUACAAGCCUGGAAAAUAACUCAAAUGGUCAAUGCUAGUGUAGGUAGUGACCGAGGGAUCCGCCACGGCUGAAAUCUCAUCAUGUUCAACACUUGAAAUAAAUCUGGUAUUCCCGCACACCCAUGUAUUAUUCUCUAUUUAUUAUUACCAAUUUCCCAAACCAACCAAGUAAGAAAGGGAAUAUGUGUUCAGUAUUAUGGCUGAAGCCACCCCCCCCCCCCUGCUUAAGUGGUCCCUGCAAGUUUUGUAUUCUUGUGAAAAUCUUGACCACUACAGAAGAGUCUUAAAGAGUAGAGACUAAAUUAUUCUAAAUGUACCAGGCAUAAUUUGUAAGUCUCUGUCUAUAUACUAAACCACAAAAUAUGUAGCAGGGCAAUGCUAUUUAUUUAUUUAUUUAACUUUGACAAAAAGCAUGCUACAUAUUGCAUGCACGCUGCAACUUUCAACAGCAUUGCCAAAUGCUGGUCACUAAUUUCCAGUGCUGUAAAUAUGAAAUACACCUGUAGUAUAAUGUUGAGAUUAGGGAAUAAAUAAUAACCUUACCACUGUCCACAUGGCAGAUACAGUAUUUGUCAUUGUUAGGGAAAUAUGAGCAAUUUAAAAACAACCACUCAGAAAUCCUGCUUGAUAUAAUUUUUGCUCUGUUAUACAGUAAAUUAACAAUUCCAUAUAAAAAUCUUCUGUAUGGCACCAAAUGGUAUGCGAGGUAUCACACAAAAACUAGAUAGGAGUCUGUCCAUUUCAUGCGUGCAUUCAGUAACAUUGCUUUAUUUUAUCUGAGACUAAUAUAAUAUAAGUUUGCAAUACAGAAUGAUAAAAGAACAUAAAGUAAACUAGUGCCCAGGUUCUUAUACGUCUAAUGUGUCUAACAAUCAGCAUGCUCUAUCUCCCCCCAAGUCUUUUGUGUUCGUUCACAUGGUGCUUGAGGACAUGGAAGACUUUAUAUAAAGCAACAAAAUAUUAAGUUUAUUGUCACUGUUCAUGAAUCCAGGAGGCCUUUCUUAUUGUAGUCCAUUAGCCUCCUAAGUGCCAGUGGUGGUUUUUUAACUUGGGUAGUUGGUGUGGAUUGGGUAUGGCAUGGAAGGAGCUGGGUUUGAUGGUGUAGAGGGGAGUGGAGUAGUAGGGGUAGGGUAAGGUGCUGUCCCUGAUGUGGGUGAGCAUGUGGUUGUGGUGGUGAUUGGUGUCUUUGGUGUGGGUGGCUGCGGGUUGAGGGGUGUAGCUUGGUUUAUGUCAAAUCGUGGUACGGGUGUCUGGCUGUGUGUUUCUUUGUGAGGUAGGGUUUGUUGUUUGGUAAGGAGGGGGAGGUCGUCAUUAAUGAUACGUCGAGGUGUGUGUGCCUGUACAGGGAUUUACUUUCGGAGGAAUUUUUCAGUUACGAAGGGUGAUUCUACCUGACCCAUCGACCCAUACUCGAUACUGGUCGAACUGGAGAACCUCAACUAUGACACCUGUUUUGUCCCAUUUAGUAGGGUGUGGGCCUGUUUGGUUUUGUAUGCGAACAUGGUUUCUGACAACAAGUGGUGGCAGCGUCUUUGUGUGUUCGGACCAUCACUCAGCUGCUUUCUUGUGGCAAUUUCGUAAGGCUUCUUCCCUCGCGGCGAGCGUGUCACUCCAGGUUGGAUGUGGCUUGUACCGACCAGGUAGGAUGGGUAUGAAGUCUUAUUGGUCUGCCAAAGACGCACUGCACUGGGGAUAGUUUCGUGUCCGCGUCGGGGGUGUUACGGUAUUGGUGGAUUGCAAGUUGAAAUGCAUCUGUGUCAAGGCUGCCGUUUGGGCUGGUAUUGUUUGUGAUGAGUCGCUUAAUUGUCUUGACCGCAACCUCAGCUCUGCAAUUAGAGUGGGGGAAUGCGACUGAUGAAAGUCGGUGAUGGACGCCCCAAUCCUGAAGGAAUUGGCGUGUUGCAAAUGCUGUAAAUUCAGGACCACCGUCUGUUGCACACUCGUCUGGGAUCCCAAAAGUUGUAAAUGUGUGUCUCAAACUGUUGAUAAGGCCUUUGGAACCAUCUUGGGCCCGUUUGACGAUGGGCCAGUUGGAAUACCGGUCUACUAUGACUAGGUAGUUAACUCCCUUGUAGGUGAAGAAAUCAGCACAAACACAUUGAAAUGGGUAGGCUGGUUGUACUGGUGCUAUGGGGGUGCACUGGGUUGUGAUGGGGCCAUGCGGUUGCAAUGACCACAGGUGGCUCGCAUGGCAGUGAUAGCAGGAGUGAUGCCUGGCCAGAAGACCGUGGCCUCUGCACGUGCUGUCAUCGAGGUGAUACCUUGGUGUGCCGAGUGUAGUACUGUCAGGAUGUGUUUACGGAGGGAUGGUGGUAUGAUGACACAGUCUUUAUACAUAAUGACUCUGUCUACUGUGUAAAGGUGAUGAAGAAAUUGGUAAUACUCUUGGAGGGGUUGUGGGAGUUCAUGCCGAAACUCUGGAAAUCCUGAUUCAAUGAUCGAUACUAGUCUGUUCAUCAUUUCAUUGCUUGUGGUUGCAAGUUUCACUCUGUCCCAUGUGGUCGCAAUUGUGUUUAUGGUGGAUGAGGCUGAUGAUGCAAGCUCAGCGUCGAUGGUUGGCUGGGUAUCGUCUCUUUAGAACGAAUUCCAGACAGGAAUGAGCGUCCAAGUCCAUUUAGGGGGAAUGAGGUCGUCGAAUCACUUGUUGUUGCAAUAUCAUCUGGGAGUACUAGCAUGUCUGGGUUGGGUGUGCCUGUAGGGUGACGGGAGACUGCAUCAGCGGCCUUGUGUCGGACUCCUGGGAUAUGAAUCAUUCGGAAUUUGUAACGUAGGGUUCUUUCCUUCAGAUUGCGUAAUCGUGCGUUUGGAAUAUCUUCGAGGGAUCGGUCACCGAGUAUUUUGAGCAAUGGUUUGUGGUCCACGGCGAUGAUCAGGUCGUUGCAGCCCAGGGAGAAGAAUCUGGUUUUGUCAAGGGCAUCAGCUACCGCUAAAGCUUCGCCUUCGACCGGUGCAUAACGUGAUUCGGCUGCAUGAGUGAAACGGCUUCCUACCAAUGUGAUUCGCCAGCCUGUGCGGCAGCAGAAGGGCUCGAUGGAUGGGCAAUUGCAUUGUUUCUGGAACAGCCAGUAUCCGAUUCCAUUUCUAGACCAGUCUGUGGCAAGGCAUGUGGGCUUUGAUUUGUCAAAGAUGCGGAUGCCCUCGUUUAUCUCGCUAAUGAUUACUGACUUGGACUCUUCGAAAAUCUGGUCAAGUGCACUGUCCCAUUUGAAUGGUGUUCCUGGUUUGAGUAGUUGGCGGAAUGGUAGGAGGCGUUCUGUUGCCGCAAAGGCGUAUGAAACCUGGUUGAUCAGGCCAAACCAUGAGCGAACAUCUGUGAUGUUGGUUGGAGUUGGGAAGUGGCGUAUUGCGUCGAUAUAUCUCUGGCACGGUCGGACAGUGUCCAUGGUGAUUUCAAAUCCUGCAAAUUCUACUGUGUCUGCGCCAAAUGUGAAUUUAUCUGGGUUUAGGGUGAUACCAUUACGGCCACAAAUGUCUGGCCAGUUGACUGCUUGGAAGAAGCUGGUGGUGAGGUUGUCAGCCCAGAGUAGCGUAUCGUCGAUGCAUUUGGUUUUAUCGGGGAUGUCUGCAACAAUUUCAUCGAAUCGGCGCGAGUAACCAUCACCGAACGCAACAUAACCUUGGGGUGCAGUCUUGUAUCUGUAGCGACCCCAUGGUGUUAUGAAUGUGGUUAGGUGGCGUCGUUCUCGUAUAAUGUUACGCUGUGGUACCUGUUCCAGCAAUCAAAUGCUGUUUUCUUCUUGUUGCUAGGAACGGAUCGGGCUUGGUGGAAUGGGCUUUGCGUAUGGUGGGUCUCUCUUGUCGCAUGUAUGUUAAGUGCUUGGAAAUCUACGGUUUGCCGGGGCUUGCCGUUCUUCUUGGCGCAUAUUACCAUCCGGUGGCACCAUGUUACGGGUUCACCAACUGGGACCGGCUCAAUGACACCAAGUGCUACGUCUUGGUCAAGGCCAGCUUUCACUUCAUCUUGCCAAUGGAGAGGUACUGGAAUUGGGGUAUGGUGGGCAAUCGGUUCGGCAUUUGGGUCGGCCAUAAGUCGCAUUGGUGGUCCUUCCAUUAGCGGGAGGGGCUGAUGGAUGCAGGUUUUGAAGGUGCUGGACUUGUAGUAGUCAAGGAGCCAUUUCUCCAGGUUCUUCCUGUUGGCUUCCGUUGCAGGGAGUGGUAGUUUGCUAGGUUUUGGGGGUGGGUGUUGACGUCGUGGGCAAUUGCAGGUGGGGGUAGGUGAAGAUGCAGCAGUUUGUUCUGUUGGGUAAGCAGUAGAGGUUGAGGUUUCUUCUGUGUUGACUGGGGAGGCUUCUCCUGCGGUGGGGAAGUCUUUGGUGAUUAUGCCUAGUGCAGUGCAGGUCUCACGGCUGAGAAAUUGUUUGUCUGAGUCAUUUGUCACGUAUACGAUCUGUCGACUUUCGAAUAUUUCUCCAGUCUUGGAUUUGCCAGAGAACCUCAGGAUGGCCGCGCCAAGGAUCUUGAUCCCAUUGUUGGCAGCAUGCAUUCGCAUUAUUACUGGGAUCAGGUCUUUUUUGUGUAAGCCGAUGCGUUCAAUCACCUUCAUGCUUGCCAGGCAGCUUUGACAUCCGGUAUCUGCCAUGGCAGAGAGUUGAACUUCUUUUGGAUGGGUCAUUAGGGGUUCAAACCCUAGGGCUCUGUAAUGCUCUGGCUGGGAUGUAACUGUGAUGUUGAUGUAUGGCUGGGGCUUGGAUGGCUGUCUGACCCAGCAGUCGUUAAAUUCAUUAUAGAUGUGAUGAUCCAGUGCGAUAGCAUGCGCUCGUGGGGUACGAUCGGUUGUGGUACAAAGUGUAUCAAAUAUUGCAUCUUCGGUACCUUGUAUGCCACGAUUUGGUGUGCUUAGCUACAUGAUCUUAGGUUUGUCCUUGCUAUGGCAGACAGCUUCAAAGUGGUUUAGUCGGCCGCAGGCAUCGCAUUUCUUGCCAUAAGCGGGGCAUUCAUUCUUUCUGAUCUUCGGUGGGGCAGUCCUGCCAUGGCCUUGUUUUCCACAGUAUGAGAACAGUUCAUUUUUGUGUUCGGGUUUUCGGAUCUUCGAUUCAUGUUGUUUAUUCCGGCGGUAUGAGCUUCGGAUUGCGUCUAAGCCUUGGCUGUCUAGGAGGUGUCCUGCCGAUCGCUUACCAGCUUCCUUCGCUUCAAUGUAAUUGAAACGCAUCCUCAAGUGUCAUGUCUUGAUUUUUGUUGCUGAGUAGGUCUAGUUGUAUGUCGCUGUCAACAACACCCCGUGUCAGUACAUCGCGGAGGAUGUUCUCAGUGUAAUUGACGUCAGCAUCACAAUUUGGGCAUUUAGUGAAAAACUUGCAUAUUCCGGCUUGGCCGCGCAGACGGGCACCGAAGCUUCGUAUGGUUUCAUCCCGGUCCUGGCGCAUGUUGUGUAACUGGACCCUGGCGACCAUAGUAUUCUCUUCCCUUACUGCAAGUUCCUGAUUGCUGCCAUAACUUCUUCGAUGGGCUUGUUGGUGAGGGUUCCGCCGGCGUUCCUGGUGAGGUCUUUGCGUAGUGGUUCGUCGCAACACUCUAGUAGCUGUAUUACCUUGUCCUUGCCUGUUAUUUUGGUCGCUUCGACAUAGUCCUGCCAUCGAGUUUGAAAAUAGGACCACUCCUCACUUGUGCCCGCUGCAGAUACCGUAGGGCGUCUGACCCGCUCGAUUUUGGCUGUUGCUGCUGGAUUUGAUGUGCUUGUGGGCUGUUGUGGGCAUCGGCAGAAUGAAUGGAGAGUAGCACGGCUGCAAGUUGGCCUUCUGCUUCAUCGGUUUCGUAGGUGCAAUAGGGAUAUGGGCAUUUGUAUUUCGGCAUGUUCGUGUUUGAUUACACUGUUUGUGUAUUAUCCAACUUCUAAGCGAUGUGAAGUUGUGAUAUGCAGAAUUGCAGGUUGAAUGGCGUGGUUUCUCUGUUUGCUAGAAGCUUGGCAGUGUGAGAAGAUUCGCUUAUUGCUAUGUCUCUGUUAUUAUUUCCUUGGAUCUUACCUCGUUUGCUCGAGUGUGUCAGUGGAGUGUGUCUGUCGUCGCUCUAGCCACGAUGUGAGCGCUUCGUCUCUAACUUUUUACCAAGUCAAAAUUGCAGGUAUUCCUCGUCGCUAUUUCUUGGUUUAGUCCCACAAAUAGCUUGGGUUAUUAUGUUCUUUUAUCAUAGAUAAGAGUCUGUCCAUUUCAUGCGUGCAUUCAGUAACAUUGCUUUAUUUUAUCUGAGACUAAUAUAAUAUAAGUUCGCAAUACAGAAUGAUAAAAGAACAUAAAGUAAACUAGUGCCCAGGUUCUUAUACGUCUAAUGUAUCUAACAAUCAGCAUGCUCUAAAAACUUUACAAAGUGAACAGUGCAAGAAGUGCAAACUUCUAGACUUCUUUAUCCCAUACCAGUACUUUUAACUGAUUUAAAGCUAAAUACUGCAUUGCAUCAAAUCUGAAAAUAAAGUGGUGGGAAUGGAAAGUUUUCCCUGUACCAGCAAUCAAUGGACUGAUAAUUGACAUCUUAUUAUUGAUGAUCACCAGUCUAGCAUGACGAAGAAGAAAUUUCUACUUGUCUGUUAUGUCUGGCCAUUAUAACAUUAGUAUAUCACUACUGUACAGUACCUUUAAUAUCCUUUCAUUUUUCUCUUUAGGUACUGUUUCAGCAACAACAACCUCAUCAAUCCCCAGCAAUCCAGUUCCAACAAGCAUGCUCUCAUUCCGUUUUGCAACACCAAACAAUACCCAAACACCAUAUUAUAUUUCUUCUGAUAUUGUUUUGAGGCAAGUACAGUUUGAUUUGUAUUUCACUAAUUCACUAUUAGAUUUGAGGCGAAAAGUGCCUAUUAUUGAGGUUGGUUAGUUAAAGACUGGUACUGUAAUUAAGUCAAAUAAAUGACUGAUUAAUUGGCAUAUGCCAAUUUGUGUCGUGUUGGCCAUAGUCACCAGUUUGGUACCGGUAUAUACUGUACAUGACUAUACUGGCAGUACAUCAGGUUUGUAUGUUUAUUCAUAUUAAUUAUUGAGAACAUUAACUCUGCAUAAUCAAAAUUAAUUCUCAGUCAUAUUUUUAGUGGUGGUAUUGCACAGCAGAACCGAAGGAGGAUUGUACAUAAUGAAGGUACCCAUACGAUAUGCAUGUAUGAAUGAGGUUAAAGCUUUCUGCUGCAUUUUGUAUUGCAUCUUGUAAAUCCUUUUGAAAGUGACUGGAGAAGGUAAAAUAUAAGUGUAACAACCUUUUCUAUGUGGGUGAGAAGUUCGAAAAGACCAAAUGCUAAAACAGUAAAGAAACAGUCCCUGGCCCUACAUCUAUAUGCAGAUUAAUUGGGGGUUCUUUAAUCUACAACCUUAACCGUACACUCUAAAAACACUCUGGUUAAAUUCAACCAGGAAUUGGGUUAAUAAUCCACCCAACACAUUCUGGUUAAAUUUAACCCAUUUCCUGGUUAAAAAUUAUCAAUUCAACAAAAAUUUGGUACAAUUUUUGGACUUUUAACCAGGAAAAUGGUUAAUUUUUUUUAACCAGACUUGUGUAGGUGGAUUUUUAACCCCGUACUGGUUGAAUUAACCCAAAUUUAACCAGAGUGUUUUUAGAGUGUAAUAACCUACAAAGUUUUACUUCUUUUCACAUGUCAGAAUUUGAUAAUUUAUUGUUGUAUUUAAACAGUUGAAAAACGCAGAAAAGACAAGAUCACUAAUUGGAUAAAGAAACUAGCUGAAUUGCUACCAAGACAUCGUAUUGCUAAACAGGUGAAUCACAAUAGACAUUCCUUUAUACAUGUGUUAUAGAGUGGAUCGAUAUACCGGAUAUAUCCGGUAUACCGGUAUUUGUUUAGAUACCGGUAUUUGUUUAGAUACCGGUAUUGGCGAUAUUGACAAUUCAAAAAUACCGAUAUACUGACAUUUCGGUAUUUUGCUGCGUAAUGCCGGAUUGAAAAGCUACUUCAAGUCGAACUUACUUACAAUCGUGUUUAGAAACCAAAGUUACUACUCACAGAUGGACGAUUUUGUUCUUAUACAGUUCUAGCAGCUUAAUCGAAAAUAUAUAAAUGGCGAAAAUUUUUAAGGAAUGGCGAAAUUUUUAACGCUUAGCGCCGUUAACAUAAUUUGAUAAUGCGAAUCUUGUGAAAUUUGCACUAAUAACAAUAUGUGUCACAUUAAUAUUUUGUCAAAACUUAAUUUUUCUCGACGUUCAGCAGUUCAGUUUGAUUUUAAAAAACACGUUAAAAAUACUGGUAUACCGGUAUUCUGAUGGCGGUAUAUCGGUAUUCGGUAUUUGCGAUAUCGAUCCACUCUAAUGUGUUAUAUAAAGGGCGGACAAUUGAUGCAGGUUGGGAAAGGCAAAAACAUUUUGCAGGCAAGCAGCCUUUAAAAACUAAUGACAAAGAAAAAAUCAUACACAUGCAAGCCUUGAUAUGAAUUUUUCACCUUGCCAAAAAUGCAAAAUGUAGGGUAUUGAUCCUCGAAAAGUUAUUCCCACAACAUACCCCUGAGUGAACACCCUUUCUAUUUUUCGGUAAAGCUAAUGUUUGGUGAACCACAAAACAUUACUCAUCUGGCAUACUUUCCCCCUGGUCCUGCUCUUUUUCUUUCUGAAUCUGUGAAUCUACUUUUCUAGUACAGUACUGUGCAGAAGUUUUAGGUCAACUCAAAAAUAAUCAUUAUUGCUACAUUUGCAUUAACCAUGCCCUUCAACUCAAUGGAAAUUUUUCGAGGCUUCUGCAUGCAUGAUAUGGUGAGCAAGUUGAUUUCGUAUGUAAUUACUUGAUGAAGAUGUUCUGUGGGUCAUGGUUUGGGUCAUGGUGAUGCCAUCUCCCGUCACUCACGCCAAGCAGAAGUGUUGUUUUUCUCUGUGGCACGGAGCUCCGUGUAUGUCUGUAACACAAAGGGGAAAAAUAUUCCCUUGUUUAAAAUUUUGGCUUAAAAACAUUUGUGUACCUACAGUAGUUGACCAUUGGCAUGCAACAGUACUUUGACCUUGAGGAUCCCAACGCAGCUGGUUGCUGUUUCUAUUUAAUUUAACUGCGCUUUGCUGUGAAAUUAAUUAUAUUUGAGCCUUUGAAGGUGACCUGAAAAUGCUGCACAGUAUACUGUAUCUUCUACCUAACCCUCCAUUUGUGCCAAAUCUUAACAUUGUUUGCGACCAAUAGUUCCGCGGCCCGCUAAUUUCCCCCUGGAUUUAAGUCACCAUGUGUGUUUUUAGAGCAAGAAUUAUGUGUUGGAAACAGCUUGUGAGUAUAUUGAAGAGCUUAAUGAAAUGAGUACACAAUUUAUCCAACUCAAACUUAGCAAGGAAUUACUAGGUAGGUUAUUAGUCUUUUUGGCCAUAUUUACUUUUUAUAGAAAUAUGAAGGCUGGAUAUUUUGUAUAGUCCGUGCGUAGACAGUCGUACUCGUGUAUACUGUAGUUUAAAUCUAUAAACCUUAAUUUAUAUUGACACUCAUUUCGUGCAUGCUUGCCCUCAACUCUUCGUACUGUCCACGAGAGAAAAUGACAAGAUUAAAUGUAUUGGUGGCGUAGUAACCAACAUGUACAUGUAACAUUGUUUAAAAUUUUAAAAUGGUAUAUAUUUAUUUCAAACACUCAUUACUAUAAUAAUUCAUAAGCUUGUUGGCAAAUCAUGUCAACCAUAAUAUGUCACGUGAGGAGGCUUUAUACCUGAUAAAACUCAAUAUUCAUUAGUACAUAUAGUUAUAUAUAGGCUAGGAUGACUGGUAUUAUAGUAUUUGUGUGUUUUUUUUUGUACAUGUCAUCAAUUCCUUUUUAACCACUUUCUUUGCAUGUUCCACUUAAUUCACCAUGUUUGAACGACUGCGUUCAUCUGAAAAUUUGAAAGAUACAGAAUUUGUUUAGAACAAACUUUGAGUUUGAGACAUAUCAUGUUGUAGAGAAACAACCCUAUUGCGAGCAUUUUAUCUAAACAUGAUAAUAUAAUUUCUGACCAAGCUAGCGUUCAUCGUCGCAACCAAGGGUAACAGAACUAAAACAAUAUAUACAAUAUUUCUCUAUAGCAAGGAUUUAAUAUAGGUUGUGAAGUUAAAAGUGGAAAUAAUGUUCGGGUAGAAUUUUGGCUUCCCGUAAAAUUUACUGUUUUUUGAAAUUCUCUGUAGGUGAUUUAUGUACUAUUUAAUCUCGUUAAAAAAAAAAAAAAGAUUUCACCAAGUUACCUCACCAGUCAAAAUGCAGUUUUAGCCUUCAACAAUUUUUGCCCAAUUUAGAUUUUUAAGAUUUUAAAAGUUAGAACACACCAAUUAGAGAUAUGCAUGGAAGAUGCGCCGGUCAUGAUAAGACGUUAAAACCGAGAGGUUCUCUUACAAAUUUAGUGUUUAUAUCAAUUAACUGAAAGCUCGUCAUUAAAAUAGUUUGGUUAGAGAACGUCUCAAUUUGAAUAUGAAAAUUGAAUUGUCAAGACGUUCGUCGAAAUGUGCUUGAAAUUCCGUAUUCCACAUUCCCACCUUAAAAUGGCCAUAAUCCGCACUAAUAAAAAUGCUGCCGAAUAGUAGUGUAAUCUUAUAUUAUACAAACUCUAUGGAAUCAACCCAAUAUGUGCACUAGCUAGCAGCUGCACUCUACAGCUCAGUGCAUGGGUCAGUACAGAAGCUACAAUUGCCAGAAGUAGCAGCAUUUUUCGCAGAUCAUGUAUAGGAUUACUGUGCAUAUAGAUUUUCACUUAUUUUCACUCUCAUGUUUCUGUAUUUAAUUUUCUAGAACAAGAAGUGACUGAACUGAGAAACAAAGUAAACAAACUUGAAGACGAGAACAAACGUUUAUCGCAACUCAUUCACGAGAACAAAGUGACAUUACCAACCACUUGGAGUGAUGCUUCGGUUAUCACAACAACCAUGAGAGCAACAUCUUCAUCAAGAAAUUCUAACACCCAAACAAGCUCCGCUGCAAGCACUGCUAUUCAAGGAACUACCGUAUCCACUCAGGCGCCUAGGGCUUCUGAUGUAAUACCAAUAUCAAGUGCUUCAAGUAUAACUAAUCGACUUUCAGUUACGUCAAUAUUAUCAAGUGCCAGUAACCAGCAAACUACUUCGAACUCCAGGCAUAAAAACUACGAACGCCUUGCUACAACAGGGUCAAUGAACAAAAGUGCGGUUGUUUCGACUCAGUCGUCUACCACACCAAGAAGCAACGUGUAUGUACCAGCGACUUUAUCAGUACAAACGUCAUCUACUCCAAUGAGUGUAACCAGGACGCCCAAUAUCCAUAGGAGACAUAAUGUAACUGGAGCGGCACUUGAAAGUGGGUUGUCGCAGACUUCGAGGUCACAACAUGAAUCUACGUCAUCAAAUGAUGUUACCAAGGUUACCCUCGCAAUUCGGACACCCGCAGUAAACACCGUUGUCCAACCAAUGUUUGUAUCCCAACCUCAAACGGCCAUGGUUCCAAGUGGUGCCAACGCGACUACUGUUGCGCAGUUACCGCAACAAACUGCUCCAGCCCCUACUUCAUUUGGAAGAGGUUUUACUCAGGUGCAGCAGCUAAGAUCCAACUCAGUACAAGACAGUAUUUCACAGUUGCCAUACAGUAUUGAUGCAUUGACCGGAAACCAAGCUUCGCAUAAUCGACAGCAGAGUUCUGGAACUGGUCACCUAUUAAACUUUUCUGCAGAAUCGUUAAUUGGACGUCAACAACCGAACAAUGAUAUUGUAAUGAUGAACAGUCCGGACAAUCAACCUGUUAUUCAAAACACGUUCACUUUAACACACCGGAAUACUCCAACAAACGUCAGUGUUACAUCUAGCAGCGCUCCACCACAAAGCUUCUCGAAUUUUUCCGCUCUUUCCUUAGUCGGAAGCAAUGGUACAUUUUCCGGUAGCGCAAGUUCUACUACUCAGACUUUAACACGCUCUACAGCCGCUUUGCCGGAAUCGGCAACUAUUCCCCAAUCAAGCAAUCAUAUGUUCACGGAUUUCUCAACCGAAUCUCUAAUUGGGCCUAGCGAAUUCACUUCGGAUUUCGCAAUUGACAAUCUUAUCUCGCGUUCAGAUUCCAAUGUUCACAUGGCAACGGUCAACCCUAAUCUCAUUCAGUCAUUUGGGAAAGGAAACGACCCAAUGAUUUCUAGCGUAAGUGGUGAUCAUAAUAAUCAUUUUUCACACAACAUUGAUCCUCCCGGUCUUAAUAUGGGAGUGUUUUCUUCCCAUCUGUUUCCUACAUACUGGUGAGAAGCCGCCCCACUGGCCAAUUUGGGGAAUGAUCGAAUGAUUCAAUAAUGUCAUGGUAUUGACUCUCAACAUAUGGGGAUCCUCAUGACCCUAAUAUGGGAGGUGUAUCUUUCCACACCUGCAUCCAUCAUUCGUCAUAUUUAUCUAUUCAUACUGAGUAUUGGAGUGUACUGGAGUGAAUUUAGGGAAUGGUUCAAUGCUCUGGUGAUUUCUAGUGGAAGUGAUCUCCUCCUUCCCUUCCCUGGAGUGUUGGAAGUUCCGCCCGCUUCGAGUCAAUUAUAGGACAGUUUGGGAGGUAAAACGAAUUAAUCGUCCAAUGAUUUCUAACAGUGACGGAUACUUUGUGAAAUAUUGUGGGGGGGGGGGCGAAUUUAGUGCUGGUGGAAGUCUCAGUUCUUACUCCUGUUCAAUUACAUAUUAAGGUGUAUUCACCUGAAAUAGCAAAUACGUAAAUUGCACCGUUGUGUAAUGAUGAGUUGACACUCCGUCGUGGAGCGGAAACUACGAUACUUGGUGUGUUUGUGAAGGUUGAUGUAACCACUUCUCGUCCAAAUUGACUGAAUUUCUAAACAGGAAAAAAUAACAACACUUUUUAAUAACCUAAUUUUGACCUAAUUUUCCAGAUGCUGUAUAUAUGUAUUAUAAUGAAAUUGGAGUUUCUAAGAAUUGAAAUGAAUCGAAUUUUUUAUGGAACUGCUGAGGAAUUCUUGGACUUGAAUCAAUAUUUAAAAAACAACUUGGAAAGUAUUAUUUAUGAGGAUUGUAAUAAAUUAUUGUAUAGCUACAUCAAAUUAUAUAAAGUAAUUUAAGAAUUACCGGGAUACACAGUUCUCAUGGAUAGUGUGAAGCGCACAAAAAUCUUCUUUCGGUCAAGGGUUAGUUCAUACCACAGUGCUCCAGCAAAGUUUAGGAUUAUUUGCCUUAAUUUUACUAAGGUGAAUUACUGAGUUUUGUUACAUACCUGAUUAGGUGAAAGGUACAGAGAAGCCUGGGAUGAAAAGAAAGAAUUUUAAAACUUUUCUGUGUUUUUCCAAUACAUAUAAAUCAAUUGCUAAUACUAUGUGGAUAGUAUAAGAUUGGAUAGUUGCUGCCAAGCGUGUGGAACAUGUCGACGCUAGAAAUUUUCUUUAACCCUAUAUCUGGCAAAUUAUUUUUUUACAUAAAAGACUGGGAUAAAGCCUGGUUGGCAAAAACGAUUUGCGAUCCCAGUAUAACAGUGAUGGCGUUAUCUCGUCAACAAAGCUCUGACAAGAAAACUUUUGAAACCAAAUUUGUAUUUCCAUCCAAAUGUUCAACAGGGUUAUACAACUUACAAACCACACCAUUUGUUGUCGUGAUCAAAUUGACGGCAGACCGUAACGCGAUCGAUUAGUUUAAACUUGAGUAUUAUAUAUAAACGUCACCAGACAGAUUUGCUAACUUACCUUUUGCUGAGGACAUGGUUGAAUACUGAAUAUAUCACAAUCUCUUGUUGCAUUACCACGAGGGAACGUAUUGCCACCAUAGUAGAUAUAAACAGCACCUUCCUCACCUAUUUAAUAGUGUAGGUAUGCAAUAAAGUGUAAGCAAAUAUGUUAUCUUCGAAUUUUGAGAUACAUUAUUUACGGUUAUGUAAUGGUAAUGUCUAAAAGGGAUGGACGAGAAGUAGUUUACGAGACGGUUCCUUGACGGUUCCAAAAUUGAAAUAAGAGUUUUUCAUGCGUUAGUAUUAGAGUUAGUGUGGGGGUGGGGUGAGGCCGUUUAAUUUAAUUUUUUCUUUUACGUUUUAAUGAUCUUAAAAACUGGCGGCCAUCUUGAAAACUUGCCUCUAAGAGUCCAUCCCCUUUGGCCACGACCGUUAUG